AUGCCUGAAUACAUAGACCUCAUAUCCUCCGAUCCUCCCGAUCCCACAAAGCGCCCACAACCGCAACAGUCACUCGAACUUCCAUCGCGGCGCCCAUCCUACCAGCUCAACCUGAUUUCGUCAGACCCAUUCGAUUCGUCGCUGUUCAAUUACGAUGACGUUGUCUUCGACAAGCCCGCCAAAAAGCGGAGGGUAAAUGAAGAAGCUACUUCAUCGCUAGCCCAAACUACCAAAGCGAAAGAACCUCGAGCUCCAGCAUCUGCAGCGGACCCGUGGUUUGCCAUCUCCGACGAUGAUUUCGACCUGCCACCAUUGGACGCCGCGGCACAGAAAAAGCCAUCUCAGUCGCACAUUGAAGAGUCAGAUCCAAUCGUUUUCACAUCUCCGGCUCCAGGCCCUAUAUCCAAACCUCCGGCGUCGCGCAAGCCAAAGAACCCGAGUCGCGAUGAUUUCGCCCUCGAUGACGAUGACAUUGUGGACUUGGACAAACUCCCUCCGUCGAGCCUAAGAGGGCGCAGCGAUAUUGAGGAAUUUAGUGAUCCUUUUGCCUUGCCGGAAUUUGUGGACCUAUUGGAUCAGUCCGAACCUCAUCAAGCAAAGAGUGCUUCUAAUCCUCUAUUCUCCUCGGCAACUGCUCAUCUCCUUGCUCAAAUCGGCAAUGACGGUUCAAAGGCAGCCCCUGGCUCUCGGAAGUCGAAGGGCAGCGCCCAGCCUGCGACUACGGACAUCUAUCUUGAUGAUAUUGAUGAGCCCGUAGCUCCUCGGAAACCAGCGAAGAAGACAAGCAAAGUUGACUCCGCAGAUAAGGAGGCCAAGGCGCGAGCACGAGUGGAAGCCAAGUUGCAGAAAGAGCGAGAUCGCGAAAUGGAAAAAGAGCGCAAACAGAAGCUUAAGGAGGACAAGGCCAAAGAGAAGCAACGGGCUGCCGAUGUCGCAAGCGUUAACAAACUCAAAGUGAACAAGAAAGACUCCACGCCAGAGAUGAUCAUUGACAUAGCGACUUCUUUUGAGGAUAGCAGUGUGGGAACUCAGACCAUCGAGUUCAUGAAACGACUCGGCGUCCAGCAGACCUUUUUGCGAGCCCAAUUCCCAAUAUAA